AUGUCCGGAUUACACCCCUUCGACCCCAUCACACCCGGGGAAAUCCAGCUUGCCACCAAGCUCCUGCAAGCCGCCCUCCCUGGCGUUGACCUGCGGUACAAGCGGAUUGAUCUCCAAGAGCCCAUCAAGAAGGAUGUCGUUCCAUAUAUCGAGGCCGAGCGCCUGGGGAAGCCUCUUCCGCCGAAGCCGGCUCGGUUGCUGGUUGCUUUGUUCCACCGGUUGGACACUGGGGCCUUCUGUAAGGCGUUGCUGAAUGCUUCGACGAGGGCUGUUGUGUCUUUGAAUGAGAUGUCAAAGGAUAUUCAGCCCCCCGUCGAUGUGGACGAAAUGAUCGAGAUCGAACAACUCUGUCUCAACCACGCUGCCGUUCAAGCUGAGAUCGCCAAGAUGCAACUCCCAUCUGGUAUGAGAGUCUGCAAUGAUCCUUGGAUUUAUGGUACAGAUGACCAGAAUGAAACCCGUCGUCUGUUCCAGUGCUACAUGUACAUUGUUGCCACAGACCACCCGCAAAACAAUCACUAUGCACACCCGUGCAAGUUCUCGCCUGUCUUUGACGGUCUCACCAGACAGCUGGUGCGGAUUGAUUACUUGCCUUCCACUUCUGACCAUAGCAGAGUUGAGACGCAACCAUGGAGACCCGUUCCAGGAAUCCAGUAUGCCCAUGAAUUGCUCGAGGAGCCAUUGCGGAAUGACCUGAAGCCGUAUAUUGUGCAGCAGCCGGAGGGUGCUUCGUUCUCUGUGAAUGGGAAUGAGGUCUCAUGGCAGAAGUGGAGGUUCCGGGUCGGGUUUAACACUCGUGAGGGAUUGGUUAUUCACAACUUGAACUAUGACGGACGGAGCACAUUUUACCGGCUGUCCGUGUCGGAGAUGACAGUGCCUUAUGGAGACCCCCGUGCCCCCUUCCAUCGCAAGCAGGCAUUUGAUGUCGGAGAUGUUGGCUUUGGUAUCACAGCAAACGAGCUUACCCUUGGCUGUGACUGCCUUGGUCAUAUCAAGUACUUUGACGGCUACCGCGCUGACUCAAAGGGAACACCGAUCGAGCUAAAGAAUAUCAUCUGUCUUCAUGAGCAGGACAACGGCUUGCAACAUAAGCAUACAAACUACCGUACCGGCGCUGCGACGGUAGUCCGGAACCGCCAGCUGGUGGCUCAAAUGAUCUGCACAGUUGGCAACUAUGAAUACAUUUUUGCCUUCAUCUUCGAUCAAGCUGCCAACGUCGAGCUUGAAGUAAGGGCAACUGGAAUUCUGUCUACCGUUCCCUUCGACAACGAGAAGCCCGGCACAACUGUUCCUUGGGGAACAAACGUUGGCCCCGGUGUCAUGGCUCCAUUCCACCAGCACAUGUUCUCUUUCCGAAUCGAUCCCGCCCUUGACGGCAACCAAAACACCAUCUGCUACGAAGACUCUGUUCCGAUGCCCGAAGACGAGAGCAAUCCGUACAAUGUUGGCUACAACACUGAACAAAGUGUCUUCAAGACGAGUGGUACAGCACAAACCAGCGUCGACCGCCACCGAGUAUUCAAGAUCCGUAACGACAACAUCAUCAACCCCAUCACCUACCACCCCAUCUCAUACAAAUUGCAAACAUCACCCGCACAAAUGAUGCUAGCAAGCAAGAACUCUUUCGGCCUCAAGCGGGCCGUGUUCGCCACGAAGCCGAUCUGGGUCACCCGAUACCGCGACGGAGAACUCUUCGCGGCUGGUGAGUUCACCAACCAAAGCAAGCAGUCGCAUGGUGUGGAGGAGAUGGUUGAGCGGAAGGACCCAGUUGAGAAUGAGGAUGUUGUGUUGUGGCAUACGUUUGGACUUACGCAUAACCCUCGUAUUGAAGAUUUCCCGGUCAUGCCUAUGGAAAAGGUCAGCGUUAUGCUCAAGCCGGAUGGGUUUUUUACGAAGAACCCGGCGCUGGAUGUUCCGCAGUCGAACCAGCUAUUUAACAAGUCAACACUGCAUCCGGAGAAGGUAUGCUGUGCUCCGGGGCAGAUGAAGCUGUAA